AUGCCUCAAUUUGAGGAUAGGGUGGAGCAUAUGUUAACGGUUCCUUAUGCUAGCGCAGUUGGUAGCAUUAUGUAUGCUAUGAUGUGCACACGUCCAGAUAUUGCUCAAUCUAUAAGUGCAGUAAGCAGGUACAUAGACAAUCUAGGAAAAAGGCAUUGGAAAAUUGUCAAGUGGAUAUUGAGAUAUCUCAAAGGAGCUUGUGAUGUUGGUCUAACCUUUCAAAAAAGUGAAGAUCUUUUAGUUCUCGAUUAUGUGAAUUCUUACUAUGCAAGGGAUCUUGAUAAGAAGUCCACAACUGGAUACAUUUUUACUCUCAUUGGCAGUGUCGUUAGUUGGAAAUCGACUUUACAGUCGAUUGUUGCUUUGUCUACAACAAUGACAGAAUAUAUGUCAGCAACAGAGGAAGUGAAAUAUCUGAUUGAAAGGUUUGGUGGAAAAAUUGAGUUUGGUUCAGAGAGAGAUAUCAAGAUCGAGAAGGUUAUCACAGAUGAUAAAGCUACAGACAUGUUAACCAAGAUAGUCCCGCUUGUGCACACUGCAAGGACUUGGCGGGAGUAUGCAUCAACUAAUGCAACUCUGGGAGAACAACUGCUAGAUGGAGCUAGUGUGUUCAACAAAGGUUUGAUUCUUCUUGUUUCUUACAAUGAGAUUUCCCAGUAA